UGUUCGUACUUCCCAGUAAUAUAUGUGAACCUGUUGAGCGAGCUAUGAAUGGAUUUUUGUGGAAAUCGGGAACGAGAGAAAAUCGAGGAAUAAAGUGGAUGUCUUGGCAGAAAGUUUGUCUGCAAAAGGAGGAUAAAGGUCUCAGCUUUCGGGAGCUCCAUCAUUUUAACAUUGCCAUGCUCACAAAAACAGGGUGGAAUAUGUUAACUAGGCUUGAGGCUCUUGUGAGUAAGCUUUUUCAAGCUCGAUACUAUUAUAAAUCUGAUUUUCUCCAUGCGGAACUAGGCUCAAAUCCUAGCUUUGUAUGGCGAGGUUUAUGUGCAGGAAAGCGUAUUCUGAAACAAGUAUGUCUCUGAUGUAUUGGGGAUGGAAAAACAACAAGAAUUUAUGAUGAUCCAUGGCUCUUUAAGGAGAACUCAAGUUAUGUUGAAAGCUCUAAUUUUCUUGGAAGUGAGAGUUUUUUUGUAACAGAUCUUAUGAAACAAAGUGUGAACGAAUGGGCUUGGAUUUGUUAUGUGUUCUGUUUAAUGAAGUUGAAAUGGAGGCUGUUAGACCAAUUCCGUUGAAUAUUAGGCCUCAAAGAGAUACUUGGAUGUGGAAAUUGGACAACAAAGCAUUAUACUCUAUGAAAAGUGUGUAUCGUCUCCUUUAUAAUCAACACAUAUUACCAAACUCGCAGGACCAAUAACUUUGGAUAUUCAUCUAGAGUAUAUCAUUGCCGCCUAAGGUGCUUAACUUUAUCUGGAGAGCUUUUAGAAAUUUUUUACCUACAUAUGAGAGUCUUUAUAAGAAAAAAUGUGUAGCUAGUCCAAUUUGCCCUCGAUGUUUGCAAGCAUCAAAAACUGUGAAACAUUGCUUGGUAGAUUGUCAAUUUGCAAAACAAUGUUGGAUUCAAUCAAAGUUUGGUUGGCAGGAUGUACUAGGAGAUUUGUGGCAUGGUUUGAAGAGCAAAGAAAGAGCAAUGCAAAAAUGAAAAUGGAGGAAGCAGUCAUGAUUUUAUGGAGCUUAUGGGAAGCCAGAAAUAAUUUAUGUUGGAACAAUAAACAAAGUGCGCCCGCUGCCACUUUGUACAGUGCAAAGAAGGAGCUGAAGGAAUGGAGGAGCGCUAAUUCGGGAGCCGAGAUGACUGUUGUUGCUGCUACAAAAAUGGUUGCUAAAUGGGAGCAACCUUUGCUUAACACAAUUAAAUGUAAUAUUGAUGCUUCUUACGAAAUCAAUACUGGUUUGGCAGGAAUAGGCAUGGUGCUACGUGAUCAUUUGGGUCAAUUUAUUGCGAGAAAAUUUUUAAUUCUUUGUCGUGUGGCUAGCCCAUUGUUGGCCGAGAUCAUAGGGGUGCAUGAGGCUCUUAGUUGACUAAAGGAAUGAUUCAAUAAAACGAGGUUGGUUGUGGAAACUGAUAAUCUACUUGUGAAGCAAGCUCUAAAAGAAAACUUGGUGAAUUACUCUUACUUUGAUUCUUUAGUUUUUGAUUGUAAAACUCUUAUCAGAGUUACCUUUUCUUUCGUUGUCGACUGUUAAGAAAUAACCGAAUUAGGUUGCUCAUUGUCUUGCUAGAGCAUCCGUUUCUAUGUUUGGUUCGAUGGAGUGGGAUACUAAA